AUGUCGAAAGCGGCCCCCAAGAAGGCGGUGGCACCGCCGCCCCCUGGCUGCACCCUGGACAUUAACGACCCGCAGGUGCAGAACGCGGCCAUCCGCAUCCAGGCCUCCUACCGGGGACACAGGUCCCGCAAGGAGCUGAAGGAGAAGGGGCCCCCGCGGGUGCUGCAGGCGCUGAAGGACGUGAUGCUGAUCGAGGGCAGCGCCGCCCGCCUGGAGUGCCGGAUCAGUGCCUUCCCCGACCCCUUCAUCCGCUGGCUCAAGGACGGGCGGGAGCUCAAGGACGGGCCCAAGUAUCGCUACGUCUUCGAGGACCCCGACAUCGUGGCGCUGGUGGUGCGGGACGGUGAACUGGCCGACCUGGGGCGCUACACCAUCGCCGUGAAGAACACCUUCGGGGAGUGCUCCGACUCUGCCCGCAUCCUGGUGGAAGAAGGCCUUGCACCCCAGAUCCUUGAGGUGCCUCCCCAAGCUCUGCACAAACCCCAGCCACACCCCAGCCCCUGCCCUCAUCCCAGGGAGGGGCCACAGCUCUAUGGAGGGGUGUUCUACGACAUCGGCAGCAACUCGACCACGCUCACCAUCAAGCGGGUGGCCGCGAGCGACGCCGGGAAGUACGAGGUCUUCGUGGAGAACAGCCUGGGCACAGACGAGUCCUUCGCCCGCCUGGAUGUGCUCUGA